AUGUCACUGUUCAACCAAACUGCUGAUAACCACCAGACCUUCUUCACCCUGACUGGGAUUCCAGGAAUGCCAGAGAAGGACUUGUGGAUGGCCUUGCCCCUUUGUCUUCUGUACAGCACCACAUUCCUGGGCAAUGUCACCAUCCUUGCUGUGAUCAAAGUUGAGCGAAGUCUCCACGAGCCCAUGUAUUAUUUUCUGGCCAUGUUAGCUGCUACUGACCUUAGCCUUUCACUAUCUUCCAUGCCCACCAUGGUCAGUGUUCACUGGUUCAGCUGGCGUUCAGUAACUUUUAAUGCCUGUAUCACCCAGAUGUUCUUCAUCCACACCUUUGGGGUAGUGGAAUCAGGUGUUCUGGUGGCCAUGGCCUUUGAUCGCUUUGUGGCCAUCCGCUUUCCUUUGCACUAUGCCACCAUUCUUACUCAUGGUGUCAUUGGCAAAAUUGGAGCAGCAGUCCUGUUGCGGAGCGUGUGGGCUGUGCUCCCUGUGCCUUUCCUCAUCAAAAGGCUACCUUUCUGCAACUCCAAUGUCCUCUCCCAUGCAUACUGCCUCCAUCAGGAUGCCAUGAGGCUUGCCUGUGCUGACACACGUGUCAAUAACCUCUAUGGCCUGCUGGCUGUGAUCUUCACCAUUGUAUUAGAUGCCUUAAUCCUCUUGGUGUCUUAUAUUCUAAUCCUCCAGGCAGUAUUGGGCAUAGCUUCCCAGGAAGAGAGGCUCAAGGCUAUCCACACCUGUCUCUCUCAUAUCUGUGCAGUGCUGCUUUUCUAUGUGCCUCUCAUUGGCAUGACCCUGGUUCAUCGCUAUGGGAAGCAUCUGUCACCACUAAUACACACAUUCAUGGCCAACGUCUACCUGCUGCUCCCUCCUGUGCUCAAUCCCAUUGUGUACAGCGUUAGGACCAAGCAGAUCCGGCGGCGCAUCAUCCAGGUGUUCUGUCGGGGCAGGGUUGGCCCUUAA